UUUCUCUUUAUUGCUCUGCACUAAAUUCUCUAUUUUCCUCUCUCAAUUUCUGAUCAGAGUAAAAUCAAAUUAGGGUUUAGCCAUCUCUCCGAUAUGGUUGGAGCCGCGAUUUCGGAAUCUUCCGGCGAAGGAAUUGGAUCUAACAGCAUUCUCUCGCAAAAGAGACAACUUUCUUCCAGUGAUGGAGCCAAGAGAGACGCUAAAAAACGCUCGAUUAUGCUAAUGGAACUGGAGAUUCUCGAUUGUCCUAUUUGCUACGAAGCUUUCACAAUUCCUAUCUUCCAGUGUGAUAAUGGACAUCUGGCUUGUUCUUCUUGCUGUCCCAAACUGAAUAAUAAAUGCCCUGCUUGUGCUUCGCCUGUUGGCCACAAUCGCUGCAGAGCAAUGGAGAGUGUUCUUGAAUCGAUCUUGGUCCCAUGUCCAAACGCUAAGUUAGGUUGCACAAAGAAGUUCUCUUAUGGGAAAGAAUCAACUCAUGAAAAGGAAUGCAUCUUCUCUCAAUGCUCCUGCCCUGCAUUGGAUUGCAAUUAUACUUGCUCAUACAAGGAUCUCUACCGUCACUAUCAUACUACCCACUUGGAGGUAUAUCAUCUUAAUAAGUUCUGUUGUGGCAGUUUCUUUAGUAUCCGGAUAAACAUCAGCGAGAAGAUGUUAAUUAGACUGGAGUACACAAAGGCUCUUUUGUUUGCGGUGCAGUGUUUCCAGGAACCGUACGGUGUGUAUGUAACUGUAAGCUGUAUUGCACCAUCUGCUCCAGAAGUAGGAAAUUUCUCAUAUGAUCUCUCCUACACUGUGGAUGGACAAACUAUGACUUACAAAUCGCCAAAGAUGAAGAUGAUUCUUGAAGUGAGUUUUCAAACUCCUCAAGAGAAUUUCAUGUUGAUCCCUAACAAUUUAUUGCGUGGUGACAUGUUGGACAUGAAGCUUUUAAUCAAGGAGUUGAAGCAAGAGUAAGAAGGUUGUGCUUGUGGUAUUCUUAACCCGCCCGCCCAUGCUUGAUGAGGGUUGUAGCUCGAUUACAGAUGUUAAUUGUAACUCGUUUGAUUUUGCAUUUACUGUAAUGUUAGUGUUGCAUUUCUGACCUCUUCACACUCUUUGAGGUCUGCUCCCUCAUUCUCUCAUGUAUCUCUGUUUUAACAGAAACACAAGGAGAACCUUACUCUCUCUAACUCCUUAUUCUUUGUUUUGUUUCUUGUUCUAACAAAGGCAUAAGCGUUUAGUAAGAGAGUAGAGAGAAAACAUUAAUUGUAUACAUUUUGUUUAUUGGAUCAAGAGAUAAUCUUUCUUA